AUGAAUCAAAAUGGCGAAAUAAAUACAAAAAAUAAUGAAGGAAAGAAUAAAGAACAAAAUAAGGAUGGAGAUAAAAAAAAAGUUAAAAAAUUGAAUUAUGACAAAGAUGAAUUAUUAGAAAAUGACGUAACUAAAGUAGCUGGAGAAUUUGAUGAGGAAAAGGAAGGAAACCAAGAAAUGAAAAGUUUUGAAAAGAUGACUGAGAAAAGCAAAAAGAAGAAAGAUAGUAAGAAAAUGAAGAAUAUGAAAAAGAUGAAGAAAAAAAAAAAAUUAGAAAAAAUGAAAAACUUGAUUAAUAGUACGAAUAAUUCAAAUAAUGAGAAAGAUGAAAAUGAUUUUAUAGAAACAUUUAAGAAAAAAAAUAAAAAAAAUAUAAAGAAGGAUAAAAAAAAAACUAAAGAUACGGAUUAUGAAGAUACAGUUGUUAGCAGUGAAAUUCAUGAUGUAAUUACAGGGGCAGGUGAUAAUAGUAAUAUAUAUAUUAAUGAAGAAAUUGAUGAAAGUGAUGAUGAGUAUAAUAUAAAUACGCUUGGAAAUUUUGAUCUUAAGCAUUAUGAGGACUUUGAUAUCAUUGGUUAUGAUAUUGAAGGAAAGAAAAUCUACAAAAGCGAUGAAAAUUUGAUUGAUGAUUUUCUAAACUCUCAAAGAGAUGAAAAUCAUUGGAGAAAAAUAAAAGAUGUUAAAAAUAAUCGUGUUGUUCAAUUAACAGAUGCAGAUCUUCAAAUAAUUAAGAGUAUAAGGGAAAAUAAAGUUGCAACUAUUUUGAACGAUGCUAAUUAUAUAUAUGAAAAUGAUAAGGAAGAAUAUAAAUUAUAUCCUUCUGGUAUUAUAAAUCAAAAGAAGAAUGAAGAGAAUGGCUCGGUACAUGAAAGAAAGAAAAUAUCAAAAAUAAUGAAUUACUUAAGGAAUAAAGAAAAGUAUCCAGAACGAUAUAAAGAUAAGAAAGAGAAUGAUGAAGAUUAUAUAUAUGAUUUAUGGAAUAAUAGAAUAUAUGAUGAAUUUAAUAAUAUCAAUGAGAUUAGUUUACCACAUAUAUUACCUGGACAUAAAUAUAGUUACAAUCCACCACCUGAAUUAAUGUUAAGUUCAUCUGAAAAAAGAAAACUUUUGAAAAAUAAUAAAGAUGCAUUUAUUCCUCAAAAUUUUAAAAAUAUUAGAAAUAUUGAAUAUUAUAAAAAGACAUAUUUUGAUUUAUAUCAAAGAUGUUUAGAUAUAUAUUUAUGUUCACGAACAUUGAAAAAUGUAUUGCAUAUAAAUAAAGAAGACUUAUUACCAAAAUUACCUUCAAAGAAAUCAUUAAAACCAUAUCCCGAAUGUGCCUUUGUUCAUUAUGUUAGUAAUGUAGAGGAAGAUGAAAAAACAGUAGAUGAUAUUAAUAAGAAGAAGAUGAAUAAAAAUAUAUCUUCUUAUUUAUAUCCUAUAGAUAUAAAUGAAAAUGAUCAUUGUGUUUAUACUAUCUAUCAUAACAAAUUAUACAUUUUUGAUAUUCUUACAUCAUACAAUAUAGCAACUAUAGAUUUAUUGCAUUAUUUUAAAUCAGUUGUACCUUUAAAAACAAAAAAGAAAUCAAUAGAAGAAGAUAUUCAUAACAAUAUCAUAAUCAAAGUGAAUAAGGCUUAUUCAAUUUUAGCUAUAUCCUAUACUAAUGUUGUAUUUAUUUUGCAUUAUGAGUCAUAUGUUCCACCUCUUAAAUCGAAAUGUGAAACAUUUGUAGACAAUAUAUAUGAUACGACGAAUAGCGAUGUAAAGAGGAAAAAACCAAAAAAUGGGGAAGGUAAUAUAAAUAAAGCUAAUAAAUCAAAAAAUGAUGCUCUUGAAGAGGAAAGUAUUUUAGAAGGUGAUAUUAAUGAUAAAGAUGGAAGUUACCAUGGUAAUAAUAAUUCUGAUGAUGAUGGUGAUGACAAUUUUGAUGAUGAUGAUGAAAAUUUUGAUGAUGAUGAUGACUAUUUUGAUGAAGAUGAUUAUGAAAAUUUUGAUGAGGAUGAUGAUAAUUUUCAAAGUGAUGAAUCCUAUGAUGCUGGAACCAAUAAUAAUACCGAAAAUACCAAUAAUGAUGACAUAUCGAAAAAGAAGAAACAGGUACACAUAAAUAGAAAUAUGGUAUAUUAUAAAACGAAAGGAUUACUUAGUGUUUAUCAUAGCAAUUUUAAAAAUUCAGAAGAUUAUUGUUAUUCUAAAGAUAUUAAUGUAAAAUGGAUGCUUCUGAAGUCUAACCAUAAGAAAAUAAAAUAUUGUGUUGCUAUUAAGCAUGAGGGAGAAAUAAAAGACAUUUCAUGGAAUAACAAUGGUAAUUAUUUAUCUGUUACAUGUAUGAGAAAUAUUGGUCAAUAUAAUGACUGUUAUUUACAUCAUAUGAAAACUAUGAAAUCUAUAAAGUUGAUUAAAAAGUAUAAGCACAAAAGGGGAAAUAUUAUUAGUACGAUGUUCUUUCCAAGAAGUCCUUAUUUUAUGGUUGCUUUUGAAAAUAAUAUAACAAUUUAUAAUUUAAAAGCCACUAAUAAGAAAGAACGAAUUUUUAAGAAACUGAGGGGUGUACAGCAUAUAACAAGUAUGGAUGUACAUACAAAUGAAAGUUAUAUUUUAGUUUCAGAUUCUUUAGGAAACGUUUUUAUUUUUGAUUUAGAUUUAUCAUGCAAUCCUUAUAAAAAAUUUCAUUUACAAGAAUGUCCAUUGAAAAAAGUACAAUUUCAUAAAUCUUAUAAUUUAUUUUAUUCCUUAGGUGAUAAUGGAAAAAUAAAUUUAUUCUAUUCUAAGUUCUUUCAAGAUUAUAUAACAAACCCAGUUUUAUUACCCAUCAAAGAAAUAUCGAACGAAUCAAAAAUAGUGGAUAUGGUAUGGUCAGAAAAAAAACCUUGGUUUUUUACAUACACCCAAAAUAAUUUUUCUGUUUUAUAUACGUAG